UCGUCGUCCUCGCCGCCGCCGCCGCCGCCCCCCGGCCGGCCCUGGUCCUCCGCCUCCUCCGGGGAGCCGGCCGGGCCGCGGCCCAAGAGGAGAAGGCGAAGGAGGCCCGCCCGCCCGCCCCGCCCGCCGAGGCCCCGGCCCAGGAAGAGGCCCCGGGGCCCCGCCGGACGCGCCGACCAGGACGGGGGCCGCCCCGACCGGGGGGACGACGCCGACGAGGGGGACGACGACGACGAGGAGGACGACGACGACGACGAGGAGGAGGAGGAGGAGGAGGAGGACCUCAUCGACGGCUUCGCCAUCGCCAGCUUUGCCAGCCUCGAGGCCCUGCAGAAGGACGCGUCCCUGCAGCCCCCGGAGCGCCUGGAGCACCGGCUGAAGCAUUCGGGGAAGCGGAAGCGGGGGGGUGCCGGGGGGGCCCGGGGGGACCAGGGAGACAGCUCCGACCGGGACCCCGGACGGCCCCCCGGGGAGGAGCGGGCCCGCAAGCGGCCCAGUAAGCGCAGGAGGAAAGAGGCUUCCUCGCGCCACUCCCUGGAAGCCGGAUACAUAUGCGACGCAGAAAGCGAUCUGGAUGAGAGGGUCUCCGACGACGACCUCGACCCGUCAUUUACUGUCUCGACCAGCAAAGCCUCGGGCCCCCACGGUGCACUCAAUGGGAACUGUGAAGCUAAACUUUCUGUGAUCCCCAAAGUGUCGGGGCUGGAGCGGAGCCAGGAGCAGCCCCCGGGGCCCGACCCGCUGCUAGUGCCUUUCCCCGCCAAGGAGCCGCUGCCCCCGCCCGCCCCCCGGCCCCUGGCCUCUCCUCCGCCUCCGUUGUCGGCCCCCCCCAGCCUGCCGCCCCCGCCGCCGCAGCAGCUGCAGCUCCGGGUCUCCCCCUUCGGCCUCCGCUCGUCGCCCUACGGCAGCGGACUGGACCUCAGCGCCGCCGCUGGCUCCUCGCGGCCACCCCCCAAAGCCCCGGCCCCACCCGUGGCUCCGGCUGCUCCCUCCUCAUCCUCCGCCUCGUCGGCCUCCUCCUCCUCUUCGUCCUCCUCCUCCGCCCAGCUUUCCCACCGCCCCCCGACCCCUUCCCUGCCCCUGUCUCUGGCCGGCCACGGCUUCCCCCCGGCCGGGCUGCGGGCCCCCCCGCCCCCUCCGCACCCCGCCCUCUUUUCCCCCGGCCCCACCUUGCCCCCGCCCCCGCCCCUGCUGCAGGUGGCAGGACAUCCGGGAGCCGCCGCGGCCGCCGCUGCCGCCGCUGCGGCCGCAGCCCUCUCUGAACAGGAGCUGAUUCGCCAGGACUUGAGCUCUCGGUUCCUGAGUGCCCAGGGUGCCCCCGAGGUGGGGGGGGCGGGGGGCUCCGCCCGCCCCCUGGCCUUCCAGUUCCAUCAGCACAACCACCAGCACCAGCACACCCACCAGCACACCCACCAGCACUUCACCCCCUACCCUCCCGGCUUGCUGCCCCACCACGGCCCCCACAUGUUCGAGAAAUAUCCAGGAAAAAUCGAAGGCCUUUUCCGGCAUAAUCUGUACGCGGCAGCCUUUCCUCCCGCUGUCCCGGGCCUGCCCCCCGGCCUCCCAUCCGCCGUCUCCUUUGGCUCCUUACAAGGGGCGUUCCAGCCCAAGGGCACGAACCCCGAGCUGCCCCCCCGCCUGGGGCCGGUGCCGAGCGGGCUGCCCCAGAAGGGAUCCCAGAUUCCCGACCACUUCCGGCCCCCUAUGAGGAAACCGGGGAAGUGGUGCGCCAUGCACGUGCGAGUGGCCUACAUGAUCCUGAGGCACCAGGAGAAGAUGAAGCUGAUGCAGGGUGACCCCCACAAGCUGGAUUUCCGGAACGACCUUCUCCCCUGCCUCCCGGGAGCCUACGGAGGCCUCCCCCCGGGGCAGGAUCUCUCCCACCCAGCCUCCCUCUUCACUGCCACAGGUGCGGCCCACGCGGCCACCAGCCCCUUCGCAGCGGCCCCGGGACCCCACGGAUCCUUCCUCGGCCCCGGGACCCACUUCGAUCCCUUUGUGCGCCCGACCAGCUUUGCCCCACUGGCAGCACUUUCCAAUGGGGCCUUCGGGGGGCUGGGCAGCCCCACGUUCAAUUCUGGGGCGGUGUUUGCCCAGAAGGAAAGCCCCGGGGCUCCUCCGGCGUUCGCCUCCACCCCCGAUCCCUGGGCCCGGCUCCACCGGGGACCGCCCGCCUUUCCCAGCUGGGCCCGGCCCCCCGAGGCCGCCCGGACCCCCGGCUCCGACAAGGAACGGCCGGUGGAGCGGAGGGAGCUCCCCGUGCCCAAAGAGGAGAAAGACCGGGACCUCUCGUUCUCCCGACAGCAGCUGCGGGUCUCCCCGGCUGCCCCCAAAUUGCGGGUCGGGGAGGAGGGCGCGCGGCCUCCCAAGGAGCCGGUGAGGGUGAAGGAGGAGCGGAAGGAGGAGGUCCCCGGGGCCCCCGGCCUGCACCUGCUGUUCGAGCGGCCCCGGCCUCCCCCGUUCCUGGGCCCGGCCCCCUCGGAGCGCUGCGCCCCGUUCCUGGAGCCCUGGUUGGCGGCCCCCCCGCGCCUGGCCCGGCCCCCCCGUUUCUACGAGGCCGGGGAAGAGCUGGGAGGCGCGGGGGCCGUGGCCGCGGCCCGGCUCUACGGCUUGGAACCGGCCCACCCUCUGCUCUACGGCCGCCUGGCCCCGCCCCCCCCGCCGGCGCCCCCCGGACCCCCGCAGCUGCUCAGCAAGACCCCUCCCGGGGCCCUGCUGGGUGCCCCGCCCCCCUUGGUGCCCGCCCCCCGCCCCGGAUCCCCACCCCGGCCCCCCGGGCCUUCCCGGGCCGACAGGUGAGGGGAGGGGGGGGAG